AUGACUCAUGUGAUUUUGCUGUGCUGCUUGGUGUUUCUUUUGCCCACAGAGUCCUGUAGGACAUUAUGCCAGGCUGACAGCAAAAGCAAGGAGAAGGUGUCUGCCAGGCCACACGGUGUAUGUGAUGGUGUCUGUAUAGACAAUUCCCACUGCAGUCAACCUUGCCCUCCAGACACUCAGGGAAAUAUGGGUUUUUUAUGCAGGGAAAAUAAAUGGCACAAGAUCACUGAUACCUGCCGGACUCUUAAUGCCUUCAACAUCUUUGAGGCAGAUGAAUAUUCAGUUCAAUCAUUUGGAGAAGGUAUAAAAGUACAUGAAUAUUCUGGAAAGUCUGAGACCAUAACAGAUAGGUUGAUGCAGAAGUGUCCAGCAGAUCUGUCUUGUGUAAUUAGAAACAUUCGGCAGUCUCCCCGGAUACCAGGAAACAUCGCCGUCAUUGUGCAGCUCUUACACAACAUAUCAACAGUGCUACUGACAGAUGUUGAUGAGGCAAAGAUGCAGAGUUACAGCACCAUGGCUAACCACAUUCUCAACAGCAAAAGCAUCUCAAACUGGACCUUCAUUCCUGACAGAAACAGUGGCUGUGUCCUGCUACAGUCAGUCAAUUCCUUUGCAAGAAAGCUAUUCAUAAAAAAACAUCCCAUUGACAUAUCAGAUGUCUUUAUUCAUACCAUGGGCACCAUCAUAUCUGAAGAUGACACUGGAAUGAAUUUUACUUUUUCAAUGAGAGUUAAUGACAGCAGCAAUGAAGUCUCUGGGAGGGUGUUGAUCAGUCGAGAGGAACUUCAGAAGGUGCCUUCCCCUUCUCAGGCCAUCAGCAUUGCAUUUCCUACUCUCGGGGCCAUUUUGGAAGCCAGUCUUUUGGAAAACAUUACUGUGAAUGGGCUUGUCCUCUCUGUCCUUUUGCCCAAGGAACUUAGAAGAAUCUCACUGAUUUUUGAAAAGAUCAGCCAGUCCGAGGAGAGGAGGACACAGUGUGUUGGCUGGCACUCCGAGGACAGCAGAUGGGACCAGCAGGCCUGUAAAAUGAUUCAAGAAAACUCCCAGCAAGCCAUUUGCAAAUGUAGGCCAAGCGAGUUGUUUACCUCUUUCUCAAUUCUUAUGUCGCCCCACACCUUGGAGAGCCCGGUCCUGAUUUACAUCACAUACAUAGGCCUGGGCAUUUCUAUCUGCAGCUUAGUCCUUUGCUUGUCCAUCGAGGCCUUGGUCUGGGGCCAGGUGACGAAGACGGAGAUCUCGUAUUUACGCCAUGUGUGCAUAGCUAACGUUGCGGCCACUCUGCUGAUGGCCAAUGUGUGGUUCAUUGUGGCUCCCUUUCUCAGUAGUCCAAGGACACACCAUGGUGGAUGUGUGGCGGCCACAUUUUUCGUUCAUUUCUUUUACCUUGCUGUGUUCUUCUGGAUGCUUGCCAAGGCACUCCUUAUCCUCUAUGGAAUCCUGAUUGUUUUCCAUACACUGUCCAAGUCAGUCAUGGUGGCCUGUCUCUUUUCAGUGGGCUAUGGGUGCCCUUUGGUCAUUGCUGUUAUCACGGUUGCUGCCACCGAGCCUGGCAAAGGCUAUCUACGGGCUGACGCCUGCUGGCUUAACUGGGACAUGACCAAGGCCCUCCUGGCCUUUGUGAUCCCGGCUCUGGCCAUUGUGGUAGUAAAUCUGAUCACAGUCACACUGGUGAUUGUCAAGACCCAGCGAGCUGCCAUCGGCAGUUCCAUGUUCCAGGAGGUGAGAGCCAUUGUGAGAAUCAGUAAGAACAUUGCCAUCCUCACUCCAGUGCUGGGGCUGACCUGGGGAUUCGGCAUAGCCACGGUCAUCACUCAUAGCUCCCUGGCCUUCCACAUCAUCUUCUCCUUGCUCAAUGCCUUCCAGGGUUUCUUCAUCCUGGUGUUUGGAACAAUCCUGGAUCCAAAGAUAAGAGAAGCCUUAAAGGGUCGGGUAAACUCUGCAAAAUGGAUCUCCAGAGUAUCAGAGAAGUACCAAGUGAGCAUGUCUUUGAGCUGUUCAGAUUCUUUCUGGAGUAUGGAGACCCCGUCCAAAAAGAUGAAAGUAGACGUAAAUGAAUUCAAAGGAAAGUGA